AUGGCCAACAUCUUUCUGGGUUUUCUCCGUCGAAAGACAGCACAAGCCCAGAUCUUCAUGGGAGCGUCCCUGACGAACAUCGCGCCUCGUCUCCAAUGGAUGUCGGGACAUAUCCGCGAAAAGAUCGACAACACGCUGCCGGCAGCGCACACUCAGAAGUUAUAUGGAAGUCUGCCUGGGGGCCGGGCAUACUGGCUGUCUACUUACGCCAAGACUUUUGGGUUCCGCGAGGAUGACUACGUCGAUUCAGAGAUGACAUUACACAUUGGACUUGUUCAUAGAUAGAAGUAUGAUCUGUGGAAGCUUUAAGGUUGCCAAGCAAUCUACACAUGAUUCUAUGAGUUUUAACGAGAGGCUGGUGGCCAAGUUGCAGAUCCUCCAUAUACAGCCCGACUUCCUAGUUGGGCCUCCUACCUGUUUAAUAUAAUUGCCUCCUUAGGACUAGUGGGAUUCUUAAACUGCACAACUGAGUAACUACCUACCGAC